UCCGCUGCUGCCUGCUCCUUCCCCACCUCCUCCGUCCCAGGAGAGACCGCGGGGCCCGAGGGGCGGCGGCGGCGGCGGCGGCGGCGGCGCGAUGGAGCCCGGGUCGGGCGGCCGAGGCGCAGCGCGCGGACAGCGGCCCCCGAGCGGCGCGCAGCCCCGCGAGCAGGAGCGGAAGCUCGAGCAGGAGAAGCUGUCCGGGGUGGUGAAGAGCGUCCACCGGCGGCUCCGCAAGAAGUACCGCGAAGUGGGAGAUUUUGAUAAGAUCUGGAGAGAACACUGUGAAGAUGCUGAAACACUUUGUGAAUAUGCUGUUGCAAUGAAAAAUUUGGCAGAUAAUCACUGGGCAAAAACUUGUGAGGGUGAAGGUCGAAUUGAAUGGUGUUGUAGUAUAUGCAGAGAGUAUUUCCAAAAUGGUGGGAAGAGAAAAGCACUCGAGAAAGAUGAAAAAAGAGCUGUACUCGCCACUAAGACCACUCCAGCCUUAACCGUGCACGAGUCUUCUAAACUUGAAGGUCAUUUAACAAACCUCAGCUUUACAAGCCCUGAAUUUAUAACUGAGUUGCUUCAAGCCUCAGGAAAGAUCAGAUUACUUGAUGUUGGCAGCUGCUUUAAUCCGUUUUUGAAGUUUGAAGAAUUUCUAACUGUUGGCAUAGAUAUUGUACCUGCUGUAGAGAGUGUGUAUAAGUGUGACUUCCUGAACUUGCAGCUUCAGCAGCCUCUCCAGCUUGCACAAGACGCUAUAGAUGCUUUCCUGAAGCAGCUGAAAAAUCCUAUUGAUUCUCUUCCUGGAGAACUUUUCCAUGUGGUUGUUUUCUCUCUCCUCCUUUCCUAUUUUCCGUCACCCUACCAGCGAUGGAUUUGCUGCAAGAAAGCCCAUGAGCUGUUAGUGCUGAAUGGCUUAUUACUGAUCAUCACCCCUGAUUCCUCCCAUCAGAACCGGCACGCUAUGAUGAUGAAGAGCUGGAAGAUUGCUAUAGAAUCCCUGGGCUUUAAGCGCUUCAAGUAUUCAAAAUUUUCUCACAUGCAUCUCAUGGCUUUUAGGAAAACCUCCCUUAAAACCACAAGUGACUUGGUUAGUAGGAACUACCCAGGGAUGUUAUAUAUUCCUCAAGAUUUCAACAGUGUAGAAGAUGAGGAGUAUGCUAACCCUUCCUGCUAUGUCCGGUCAGAUAUAGAAGAUGAACAACUAGCAUAUGGUUUCUCAGAGCUCCCUGAUGCUCCUUAUGACUCAGAUUCUGGAGAAAGUCAAGCCAGCUCUAUUCCAUUCUAUGAGCUAGAAGAUCCCAUCUUGCUAUUAAGUUAAUAUAAAAGCAAAAAGCCCUUCCAUUCCAUACUUCUAAACCAUAUUGCUUACACUAAUCUGAAUACUAACAUGAACUCAGUAUUUAAAGCCUGGUUUGCAUAGAAGAAAUGCAAACAUUUAAAGAGUUUGCUAUUUUUUUCUACUUCUGGAUUUCAAAAUUUAUUCUUAUAUAGGAAGCUUAAAGUUUCAUGCAGAGUGACUUCGUCUUAGUAGAAACCACUGUUACUUUAGCAUUUUGCAUUAAGAUUUUAAAAGGUACCUCUUUUCUCCUCCGUGCUGUUGUGAAGUCUGAAUUACUAUGUAUGUUCCUUUUCAGUGUAGUGUUGACUUUACAUCAUUGUCAUGAGGAACCUUAAGAUGUGUAGAAAGCUGUAGAUUGCACUUUGAUGACUCACAAGUUAAGUAUUUCACACAUAGGUUGGUUUAGUUGUUUGUGGUACACUUUUCUUUUUCUUUAAAUUGUUACCUAUUACAGAAAACAUUUUCCCCUCAGUUAAAUCUGAUGAUACAAUAUUCCUGAAUCUUUUUUAAAUUGGAGACAACUCUUAAUAUUAAGCUCAUCUUGGAAACAUUAGACAAACAUUAGACAUGAAAGAGAGUUAUGUUCUAAUUUCAUUAAUACUGUACAGCAAACACCAUUGCCAAAGUAAUAUUUCCAUGACUCCAUUGUUGAUUUAGGCCUCAGUGUUCUGUCUAUUUUAC